UGCUCACUCAAAUCAAAAUGAGUAAACUGGUAUUCGUUGUAUUCAUUUGCCUUUUCGGCGCAAGUAUUUCGUUAAAAAUUGAUCAGUCCGUAUUAAAAAAUCUACGAUUUCUGGAGGAUAAAAUCAACCAGACUGUUGAAUGUGUAAGAACAACUUUAACAACAGGCAUUCCAGAGCUAGGUCUCCCUUCUUUUGACCCUUUGAUUAUUGAAAACUUCACUUUGAAUUUGGAUAACCUGAACUUAACAGACGUUAAAGGUUUUGCCACUUUGGAAAAUGGUGUUGCUGAUAACAUUGUAAACUUUGUUGUGACAAACGUCAAAGGGGAGCUCUAUUUGCUUCCCCCUACAUACACUGUUGAUUUUACCAUGCUGAAUGCCAAUUUAAGUAACUUGGGACAUUAUAGACUUAACUUGACUGCUUUUGGAGUGCCUAUUUGGGGUGAAGGAAGUAUUUUAGUUGGCAUUGAGCACUUAAACAUAACUGGCCAUGUCAAAGGAGUUAUUGACACUGAUAUGGUAGUAGUUGUUAAAGAACUGGCUGCUCCAGCUACUAUAGAAAAAUUUAUAUUUUCGAUAACAGGUCUAUUUGGAGAUGAAGAUUACAGUAAGGAGAUUUCGCAGAAAAUUUCAGAAGCUGUACCUGAAAUAAUUAACAACAAUCCUGAAAUUUUCCUCGACAUCGUAGGCCCACUAAUUGUCGAAUUGAUGAACGCUCUUAUCAACGACGAAAUUGGAGUUGGUAUUAUUAAGCAAAUGGUAAAAACUUGUAUCAUAGACGUUUUGUUCCCUCCAUAUUAAUUUAAAAUAAACGAAAUAAAUACUCAAUAUAUAGUAGAAA